UUUAUGUAUUUAUUUUCCCGAUAUCAGACUUCUGCAGCCCUGGCAUUAAACUACACAUACUACCCAUCUCUAUUAGAAGAAAACAUUUGCUAAAAGAAAGCGCCAAAAUUUUUCGUUUUUAUUAGAAUUAAAUCAAAUUUUGAAUGCCACAACGUUAAUCUUAAAAAGAGAGCAUUAUAUUUAGCACAGUGGACAUCCGUGGUAGUCCUUUUAUAGAUAUAAACAGACGAAAUCAUGUCAUUCUUUGGUAACAACACACAACUUGGAGCCACGAGCACGCCUGUUAAACCUGGCGGCAUGUUUGGUCAGGCCCAGCCAGCGCCCGCCUUUGGAACUCCAGCAGUAGCUGCACCGGCAUUUGGCGCUCCAGCAGGUGCUGCCCCCGCCUUUGGGUCUACAGCUGCAGCUGCUCCCGUCUUUGGUACACCAGCUGCCACAGCAGCGGCUCCUGCUUUUGGGACCGGAUCAGCUUUCGUUGGCUUUGGCAAUGCCCCUACAAACGUAGCGACAUCCACCGCACCGCUGGGAACUAUUGGCGGUGGUGGGGCAUUUGGUGGUUUCGGUACCACUCCGGCAACAAGUCAGCCAAGUUUAUUUGGCACAGCAGCACCACCAGCAUUCAGUGGAUUCGGCCAGCAAGCCACAGCUGCAAGUUCAGCUCCAACAGCCUUUGGAGGAUUUGGUGCUACGACAACAACAACUGCCGCCUCGGCAUUUGGAGGCUUUGGAGCAGCAGCGGCUACUAAUAAUCAGUCAACCGGUUUCGGUAGCAGUGUUUUUGGGUCCAAUUUCGGCAAGCCGGCUACUACAACUGUCACACCCGGCUUUGGUGGAUUCGGUGGUACAAAUUUCAUGCUUGGACAGCCUCAACAGCAACCUGCUCCAAUUUCGGCAGAUGAAGCCUUUGCCCAAUCCAUAUUAAAUGUAUCUAUAUUUGGUGAUGAGCGGGAUAAUAUUGUGGCCAAAUGGAAUUAUCUGCAGGCAAUGUGGGGAACUGGCAAGUUGUUCUACUCCCAAAGCGCCUCCCCUGUCAAUAUUAGUCAAGAAAAUUAUCUCUGCCGAUUCAAGGCAAUUGGAUAUAGUCGAAUGCCUGGAAAGGAUAACAAAUUGGGUCUAGUGGCCCUUAACUUUGCCAGAGAACUAUCGGCUGUUAGAACCCAACAGCAACAAGUCGUUCAGACUCUGCACACUCUCUUUGGCAGCAAACCGAACAUGUUGGUCCAUAUUGAUAGCAUUAAGGACCUUGAUAAUAAAAAAUGCCAAAUGGUCAUCUAUGUGGAGGAGAAAUCACAACAAAUUGCUUCAGCUCAAAUCGAUAGCAAACGGAUACUGGCCACCGAAUUGACGACAUAUUUAAAUCAAGCUACAAUCAAACCUCAACUCAAUCAACUUGGUAUUGUAGAGGUGUUGGCUCUGGUACUUCCCGAUGAGGAUCAAUUGAAAGAGUAUCUAGAGAAUCCGCCGCGUGGUGUAGAUCCAAGAAUGUGGCGUCAGGCUAAUUUGGAUAAUCCAGAUGCUAGUAAAUUCAUCCCAGUUCCCAUGAUUGGUUUCGGUGAUCUAAAGUGGCGUGUUAAAUGGCAAGAACAGGAAACCGACACACAUGCCCUCUACAUGAAAAAAGUGGAGAAUGAACUGACAGAGUUAAGGCAACGACACGCCUCAGCUACGGCCAAGAUUUUAGAGCACAAACGUAAAUUAGCGGAGCUUAGUCAUCGCAUACUAAGGAUUAUAGUCAAACAAGAAUGCACCCGCAAGGUGGGCACUUCUUUGACACCCGAGGAGGAGGAAUUGCGCACUAAACUUCAGAACAUGCAGGCAGUUGUAUCGGCACCCACCCAAUUCAAAGGACGUCUUAGUGAACUGCUCUCCCAAAUGCGAAUGCAACGCAAUCAAUUUGCCGGCAAUGGAGCAGCAGCCGGAUAUGCCAUCGACAAGGAAGCCGAGGAUGAAAUGAAAGCAUUUUUAACCAUGCAACAGAAAGCCAUGGAAGUGCUUAGUGAAACUGUUAACAAAGAUUUAAAAUCUCUCGAUGUUAUCAUAAAGGGACUGCCUGAGCUAAGGCAGGGCUAAAGGAUAGUCGAAAGGGUUGCGUGAUUAGGUGAUUUGAAAUAAAGUCAAGUCAAUGAACAA